AUGAACGUGCUCGGUCACAUGCAGCAAGGAGGUUCGCCAACACCCUUCGACAGGAACAUGGGCACCAAGAUGGCGGCCAAGUCUCUCCACUGGCUGGUUGAGAAUAUUCAACGUGGCAACACCGGACCCGAUUCCGCCUGUUUACUCGGCGUUGUGAAGAGACAAUAUAAAUUCACACCGCUCGAAGAGCUCAAAGCUCAGACUAAUUUCGCCCAAAGAAUAGCGAAGCAGCAAUGGUGGAUGAAGUUGCGUCCUUUGCUGCGUAUCCUCGCGAAACACGAUUCUACUUACGAGGAGGAAGGCAUGUACAUGACAGUGGAACAAGGAGAGUUAGAUCCUGAACAUGUUAUCUAA